AUGAAUUCCUCCGAGGAAGCACAACUUGUUUAUGGUACCCAGUGCGCAAUGUACGUCAAAGUGGCGGUUGCGGUGGUGGCUCUUUACGAUCACCGUAGGAUUCUUCGAAAACUUCAUAAAUCACUCGUUUGCUUACCGUUUGCGACGCCAGUUACCACACUCGAACUGGAACUAAACGCUGAUCUUACUAAUGCAUCCCAGUUCGAGCUUAUUUGGAAAAAAAGAUGGUCCAUCGUGAAAAUUCUUUUCAUCAUCAAUCGGUAUUUCGCGGAAGGACUUAUUCUGUAUGCAUGUGUCUACCCUCCAACUCCGCUGGACUUCAUCAUGGGGUUGAAAGCUGAAGCGUUUACGGUGUCUAGGCAACUUCCUUGUGAAGGUGGAAGCAUGGGGGAGCACAGUGUUAAUUUGGUCAAUGCAAGCAUCCUAUUUCCUCUCAUUGCUUUUAUUGUAGGAGGGGUGAAUGUAUUUGUAUGGUCCAGGCUCGCCGAGGGUUUGAUGUUCGCCAACUCCCGCUCCGCUGUCGCCGGAUCACGAUCUUUGCAGAUGACCUCGGGCACGAGGAUUGGCGGAUCCAGAAGUGCCCCUAGAUAUCAGUCAGGCGACCCGAGGUUUGAACCUUCGAAUACUUUGAUUCUGAAAUUUUGGAUCGUAUCUAAGACUACUGGUAACUUCACUCUGGUGGAGCUUGGUGGAGCUUGGUGGAGUGGUCGCUGGAGAGGAGGAUUCGGGACGUCGGCACAAUAUUCUUUUUUCCCACCCCUUGAUCUGCGGCACAACCCGAAAAUCUUCUCCCCAUUGAUGACCCUGUGUAUUUACGGAAAUCGAGGCCGUGAGCGUUUGUGGGCAUUCAAGGUGGUGCGAAACGUCCACGUUGAGAGUGGUCAUUAUCACUUUCCUUCUCCCUCUUACGUCCAUAUGGAUACAAUGCUUGGAUACAGCUUCGCCAGCUUUACGCAACAGGCGAAGUUCCAAACAUACGUCCAAGCUUUUCCGAAUCAGUCGCGAUCACGGCUGCGGUUCUUUAUGACCACAGUCGCUCUCAUCUGGAGGAAAAAAUGGUCCCUUGUGAAUAUCUUCUUCAUAAUUAGCCGUCAAGCUAAUCCCGGUUUCGUUGAAGUUUUGAUACUUCAAUUUUCUCCCAAGAAUGUGUCUCAGGAAUGUAUAACUGCGUCGAAGGUUCAAGGAUGGGGAUGCCAUAUUAUGAUUUGGUCGAUGCAAGCUCAUGGUGGAUCUAAUCCUGGCCCCCCUCCUUCAUUAGGUCCUUCCUCUUCACGCCCUCCAGGUCCUCCUCCCUCAGGCCUCCCUCCUCCCCCAGAUAUCCUUUCUUCUUCAGGUUUUCCUUCCCCAAGCCUCCUUUCCCCACGCGACCUGAAUUUGGGCAUUGGUGAUCUUUGUUCUAGUAAUUAA